UAGUAUAUAUGCGCAGGAUAUUUUAAAAAGACAUAUACAUCUACAUCGUCUGCUGAGUGAUGUUAGCGCAGAUAAGCAGAUCAGAGGGCGGAUAUGGGUGGAUAGUAGUAGUAGCUGUGUUUUUUAUCUACGUAAUCCAUGUCGGAAUACAAGGGACAACUGGAAUAAUUCACACUGAACUGGUCAAGUCGACGUCUGCUGACCUGGCGGUGAUCGGUUGGAUUGGUUCUUUGAUGGUCGGACUCUGUAUGCUCUCAGCACCAUUUGUGUCCGUCCUGACGCAGCUGGUAUCCUGUAGAAUACUGGUUAUAAUCGGAAAUCUAUUUAUCAGUCUGGGAUUCUUCUGUGCAGCCUUUACUUCGUCAGUUCCGGUGUUGAUUUUGUGUCUUGGAGUUAUUCCUGGAAUCGGCAUGAAUUUAGCCGAAUUCUCCUCCACAAUCUUACUCAAAGGAUAUUUUGUGCAGAAGUUUCCUCUUGCUAUGGGAAUUUGUCUAUCUGGUGCUGGUGUCGGUAUGAUAGGAUUCCCGCCAUUUUUUGUUUACCUGCACGCAACCUUUGGCGUUAAGGGAGCCUUUCUUCUGUGUUCGGCCAUUUGCUUGAAUACCAUCGUAGUUUCCUUGCUACUCCGACCGACCAAAUUUCAGUUGCAAAAAAAGGCAUCGGAAAAGAAAUGUUCCACUGCAGAACUUUUUGACUUUAACCUUUUCAAAUCGCAUAAGUUUGUUUUAUUUGUAACGGCACACCUUUUAUUCAACAUUGGGUAUGCCGUGCCUUUCACUUACUUGCCAAUCAAAGGAGAAGAGGAAGGCUUCUCGGAGCAGUCGUCUGCUCUUUUCAUAACAUCACUUGGAGUAGGAAGUUCAGUAGCACGAAUAACAUUCGGAUGGUUCUCGGCGAGGUUUCCGUGUGUUCGUACCCGAGCAUAUCUUGGUGCUGUAUUCCUGGCUACCCUGUCCACACUUCCGGUUGCCAUUUCGUCCUCCUUCCCUUUAAUAUUGGUCUGUUCAGUGGUGCUUGGUGCAAGCUCAGGAAUCACCAUCACAGAGAUACCUACAUUACUUAUGGGAAUGUUGGGAGUGGACAGGUUACCUAGUAGCUUAUCUAUAACAGCUCUUCAGCAAGGUAUCGGAGCCUUAAUUGGAAUCCCAAUUACAGAGAUGAUAUGUCGAACUGCUGGGAACAACAAUAUCGCAUUUUUCUUCACCACUGGCGUCUAUGCAAUGGCUCUCUUCCUUAUGACUUUAUCUUUCUACUUACCUGAAAGAGAUUUGCCCAGCUCAUCUGUACAAACACAAAAGUUUGAGCCGAAAAUCGACGUACCGAAACCGGAAGUCUUUGUUGUCGAUUUAGUUAUUUUGGAACCGGAAGUCACCGGUCCGGCAGCAGCUUAAGGCCAAAGGGACAUUCACAAGCAUUUUCUUAUGGAAUACACAUCGAUAUUUUUAUGUCAUAUCAUUGUCUUCAUUGCGCACGUCGUGUAAAGUUAAUUCAU